AUGUUACCAAGCUCUGUUCAUCAUAGUCACACUGAUUUUUCUUCUAUUCAUACAACGUGGAGUGAUGAACAGAGAAGGACCGUAUGGACUCUUAUUUCCAAAUCUAGGAUGGGGCUCAAGGUUGAAUUAUCUCCAGUUAUUGCAACAGCAUUUAUCAUUUUACAGAAGUAUUUCAGAGUUAACGAAUAUUGUCCUUAUAAAUUGUUUAUCUUAAUGACAGCAGCUUUGUUUACUUCAUGUAAAUCACAAAAUUGUUUUCGAACAAUUGAAAUGAUUUAUAAUGAGUUAGUUAGAAUAUGUAAAUCAGCUCCCUCUUCAAUGGUUCGAUCGCUUAUCGGACAAGAAAAUUUUGAUAAUCAAGGACUUUUAUCACCAGAACAAAUAGAAGAAAUUACACAAGCAGAAAUAGAUCUUCUCAAAGCAUUAGAUUUUAAUGUUAAUUUUGAGUUACCUUUUACCUAUUUUGAAAGAUGGAAAUCAAAUAUUCAAGCAUUAAUUCCAAAUGAAAAUUUUAUAAAAAUAUGCAAUGGUGUAAUAGUCGAUAUGUGCUUAGUAAUAUCUUCUAAAUAUUAUUUAGAUAUUGCACCAGAAGUUGCUGCAGCUGCAGCUGCUCAAGACUCUAUAGGUCAGGGAAAUCUUUCGGAAAUUACAUCAGUAUGGAUUAAUGAAGUUGUACAAAAAUACGGUCAAGAAAACUUUAAUUUAGCAUUAUCAUCGAUUAUUCACGAAAAAGGAAAAACGUUCCAAAGAAAAUCGGUUCCUAUUCAAAGACCGUUACAGCCGAUCAAACAAGUAAUUUAUGCAUAA